UCAGAUUAAAAGAUUAAGAUUAUUGAAGAAGAGCAGAAAAGGAUUCAAUUGUAGUGGUUGUUGUUGUUGAAGUUUGAUUGAAGAAGAAGAAGAAGAAUGGCGUUGAAAUUCUUGAACAAGAAGGGAUGGCACACGGGCUCUCUUCGGAACAUAGAGAACGUGUGGAAAGCCGAGCAAAAGCGCGACGCAGAAGAUAAGAAAUUGGAAGAACUCCGCAAACAGAUCCAGGAGGAAAGGGAGCGCCACGAGUUUCGUCUCCUUCAAGAACAAGCCGGUCUCGUUCCUAAGCAGGAGAGAUUGGAUUUUCUGUACGAUUCGGGAUUGUCUGUAGGGAAGGGAAGCAGUUCCGAUGGAGGAGGAUUUAAGGCUCUUGAAGCGAAAACUGCCGAUACUGGCAAGGCCGGCGAGGCGGCGGCGGCAGCUUCAUCGUCGGCACCGGCAUCGGCUACGCCUGGAGCUUUGUUCGAGGACAAGCCUCAGUCUGCGAAUGACGCGUGGAGGAAACUUCAUUCGGAUCCUUUGCUUAUGAUUCGGCAGCGCGAGCAGGAAGCUCUUGCUCGCAUCAAGAACAACCCUGUUCAGAUGGCCAUGAUUCGCAAAUCCGUUGAAGAAAAGGCACCUAAGAAGAAAGAUCAUGAUAAAAAGGAAUCCCGGAAGAAACACCAUCAUAGUAGUUCAAAGUAUCAAAAGCGUUCAUCAUCCAGACAACAGUCGGAUUCAGAAGAUGUCACUGCUGAAGGGGAAAAAAGGAAGACUCAUAGAUACAAGAAUUCAAAUUAUGAUGAGCAUUCAAGUUCAGAAGAUGAAUCUAGUAAAAUGGAAAGCCAACGUCGGAAGGAUCGCUACAAGAGCUCUAAGUAUAGAGAGCAGUCACCCACGGGCCUGUCUAGCCGGAAUACUGCAAAAAAUAAUGGUCAAGAUCGUUUGAAGGGAAAUCAUAGCAUGUCAGAACGGGAAACAUUUUCUUCAAAAGGUCGGGCAGAUCAUGAUGUUGUAGAAAAGGAAAGGGAAAGCAGAACGGUUCGUGAAGCAAGCCGUUACCAUGGGCAGGAGUCACACUCUAAGCGCCGCAAUGUUGCUUCUAAACUUUCUGAAGAGGAGCGGGCUGCUAGGUUACGAGAGAUGCAAGUGGAUGCCGAGUUGCAUGAAGAGCAAAGAUGGAAACGUUUGAAGAAGGCUGCGGAGGAUGAUGCGCAAGAAGCUACCCAGGAUAGCAAAACUCGUGGCAAGAAUUUCCUGGAUGCCACUCAGAGAAGUGUCUAUGGUGCUGAGAAAGGUGGAAGCUUAACUAUUGAGGAGAGUGUCCGUCGCCGAACACAUUAUUCACAGGGCAGGUCUGAAGCACGUGAAGGCAAUGCUUUUCGGCGGUGAUGAAGUUGUUUAUUGCCUGUUGUAAUUACUCCAGCUCGUAAAAGUGUGCUUCUCCAACUUCGCCCUACAUGCAGGGUAUGUUUCUUGUACCAACUUUGACCCAUGUUGUAAUGACAAAUUAUUGAAUGUCAAGCUGAAUUAUGUUGAUGCAGAAUAUCCUCCAUAUCUCUACGUAAUUCUCAUAGUUAGCCCAGAACGACCAAAUACAGUCUAAUGUAGACAUGCAGAUCUGUGCCUUGUAUUUUUGUGAAUUAUGAAUUUUUCUUGUAGUAUGUUGUAACUGGUAAAGUGAUUAACAUCAUUCAUCCACAA